AGGUUUUUGCACUUUGCUAUUCAGUCACUUUGCUGUUCUGUCUGGAACGAAAAGAUCAGGAGAGAAAAUGCAGAUCAACGCAGCUGUAAUGAGGAGCCUGGCCAUCAUGGCAGUCAUUGCUUUUACCGUCUGCACUGCUUCAGAAGAAAAGAAAGUCAGCCCCUGCUGUGUCGCUGUCUCAAGAGCCGCGGUGGACGAGCCCAUCAUAGACUUCAAGUUUCAGGCGAAGAGCCUUCCAUGCGUUAGAGCUAUCAUCUUUGUGACGGCAGAGAAACAGUACUGCAUCGAUCCAAGACAGUCCUGGGCACGAGAGAAGAUUAAUGAGCUGGUGCAGAGGAGGAAAAAUUCAACUAUGACUCCAACUUCAGUGUCACCACGCCUGACAGCCACCAUUUCACAAUACUCAACUGACAGCAAUUAAAAGCUCAGAGGAAAGAUGAACCAAGUGCUCCCUAUCUCUAAAACUCUAAAACCAUGCCAUGUGGCUGUUUUUAAAUUAUUCCUUUAAAAUGUAUGUUUAAAAUGUUUACCAUGGCAUUAUUUAAGCUUAUAUUUUAUUAUUGUUUGUUGUGCCUUAAAGCAAUGUGUAUUUAUUAAAAUGUUCUCAGAUGUUAUUUUAUAUUUAUGAUUGACUUGACUGAAAACUAAAAACUGUCAAAUGUAUUUUAAACUGUAUUUUUUUUUGAUGGAGCACAUUGUACAAUUGAAGUGGAAAGAAAAUAAAAUCAUUGAA